AUGCCGGCUCCUAGCCCUGGCUUGUACGCUGAAGGAGAUUUCGUGAUUCCUACGGGCCAGCUCAAGAUUGUCGGCGUUGGCGCCAGGGGCAUCAGCGCUAUAGGACGUCUUAUGGGCAACAACCUCGUCCCCGGCGGCGACUUUUGGGCCAUCGACAGCGACAUGAAGGUGCUGGGGUCCUGCGAGGCGCAGCACACCAUCCAGAUCACCGGCGAAGACGAGGCGUCCAUCCCGCUGCUCGAGCUGCGGCGUCUCGCGGGCGACUCGUUAGCAGGCGCUACGCGCGCGCAAGGAGCGAUGCCGGCGGCCGCCACUGCGGGCGUCGUCUUCCUGCUCGCCGGCGCCGGCGCCGUCCCCGGCGGCUCUACCCUGCUGCUGCAGCUCGCCGCCUUCCUGCGGCGGUCAGGCUACUUUGUCGUGGCCGCGCUGACGCGGCCCUUUGACUUUGAGGGGCGGCGGCGGCUGGAGGAGGCGGACGCCCUCAUAGAGGCCCUCUCAGACGUCGCGCAACUUACAGUGGUGGUGGCGCAGGGCGUGCUGCAGCGGGCCAGCGCGGAGCUGACGAUCAAGGACGCCUCGGCCAUCGCGGACAACACGCUCGAGUUUAGCGUCAGAUCUGUGCUGUGGGCGCUGGGGGCGCCGGAGCUGCUGCGGGCGUCGCAGGGUUCUAUGGCUUGGCACGGCCGCGACCUGCGGCAGUACAAGCGGCUGCUGUCACCGCCCUUGGAGCGGCUGCUCACCUGCCCAGGCACCGCCGCGCUGGGUCGCGGGCUUGCGUCGAUCCCGGUCAGCAGCCUGGAGGAGGCAGGGCUGCCCAGCACGCUCAGCACGCUAGCGGAGGACGCCGUCACGGCGGCCGCGGACUCGCCGUUCCUCGACGCGGCGAUGGGCAACGCCGGCGGCGUGAUGGUUGUGCUGGGCCUGCCGCCGUGGGUGCUGGGCCACCGGCUGGACGGCGCGGGGCAGGCGCUGGAUGACCCCGAGAAGUAUGCGGUCAGGGCGGCGGUGCAGGUCGCCGCGACGACCGUGCUGGAGCUGGCCGGCGCGAACUGCAACGAUGUGGUGGUCUGCGCGCACGUGCGGGGCCGCGACUGGCCGCACGAGGACCCGGGGUCUCUCUGCCUGGAGGCGACGAUGCUGGUGCUGGAGGACCCGGUGGCUCAGGAGGCAGCGGCGGCUGCGGCUGCAGCUGAGUCGUCCGGGUACCCUUACAUCACCCCGCGGCGCGCGGGGGCGGGCGCGGGCGGCGGCGCGCGGGGCGCGGCCGCGGCGCAGCUGCUGCACGGGCAGGCGGCGGGGCCGGGCGGCGCGCAGCAGCAGCAGCAGCAGCAGCAGCAGCAGCAGCCGGCAGGGGCGGCGCCGGCGCCGAAGGCGACUUGGAGCGCGAUGAGCGCGAUUGCAGGGGGCCGGCUCGGCGGCAGUGGCGGCAGCAGCAGCGGCGGCGCGCAGCAAGCGCGGCCGUCCCAGCAGCAGCAGCAGCAGCAGCAGCAGAGGCUGCGAUCAACCGCGGCGCCGGCGGUCAACGUUCCGCAGCUCAUCCCCCGGAUGGCAGACCGACUGGUGAGCUAA